AUGUCUCUCUCCGCACCUAGCACAGACCCCGCCGUCCUCGCCGCGCAAGAAAUCAGCGCUGAGCAGACCUUCCGCACCUUCACAACCAGCACCGCCUGGACCCUCGGUAAUGCCCUGCGAGAGCGAAUCCUGUCUCUCCCCGAUGGACAACGCAAGCCCGCUCUGAUCUCCAUUGCUCUCGCAACCGCAACAUCCGGCGGCCUUCCCCCGCACGUGGUAUUCCAGUCCGCAACGGAGAGUGGCACCAUUCCGGAUAACGAGAACUGGGUGCGCCGCAAGCGGAACACCGUGCUCCGGUGGGGGUUGUCUAGCUGGGCGAUGAGACAGAAGACCGUGGGCGGAUUAACGGCUGGGGCUUCGGCGGAUCAAAUCGAGGCUGCUUUUGUUAACAAGUACGCUGUUGCCAGUGCGAAUGGCGGCGCCGUUGCUGAUGAAUAUGCCAUCCAUGGUGGUGGGUACCCGGUUCGUGUGGCUGGUGUCGAGGGCAUUGUUGCUGUUGUGGUUGUUAGUGGGUUGAAGCAGGAGGAUGAUCAUCAGGUGGUCGCCGAGACGAUCAAGGAGGUCAUUGCCAAGCAGAACUAA